AUUAAGAGGCGGUCGGAAGUUGCGCUUUUGUUGUGAAAAUCCUUACGGAAGGCAACCUUGUGUAGUAGAGCAAACCUACUGCAGAUGAAAAACACUACAAUCAAUUAGCAUUCGCAGACAGCUUAUAUCUGGAGUCAAAGUUGACAUUUCGUUCCUGCCGUGUGAUGCAGCCAUGUCUGUGCAGGUGGUUUUGCAGCAGAGAAUCAGCUCCGCUCGCGAGCUUCUGCAGCAAGUGGAGCAACUGUGUACAGGUGUGGAGGGUCAUCAGAAGCUCCGUGGGAAACUACGAGCUGAGCUGCGCUUCCUGCGGAGGGUUGAAGCAGGGGAGUUGCAUGUGAAAGAAUCUCACCUGCACAGCACCAACCUGACUCACCUGACGGCCAUAGUGGAAUCGGCUCAGAGUCUAGAGCAAGUGGUUGCGCUGCUGCAUGUCUUCACCUACCUGGAUGAGUCUGGCAACCGUUGCACACUGGUGGUAGAUGUAGUGGCCAACGGUGGGCUUACCUGGGUGAAGGCAGUGGGCCGCAAGGCAGAGGCUCUACACAACAUUUGGCAGGGACGGGGACAAUAUGGUGACAAGAGCAUCAUCAGACAGGCCGAGGACUUUCUUCAGGCCAGCCGUCAGCAGCCUUUCAACUACCAGCACCCCCGCAUCAUCUUUGCAUUCUACAACGGCGUCUCUGCCCCUAUGGCCGAUCGUCUUCGAGACAUGGGUGUCUCUGUUCGUGGGGACAUUGUGGCAGUGAACACGGUGGCAAUGGAGGAGGAAGCAGAGGUGGCAGUUGAAGAAGAGGGGGCGGCUGCUGAUAAUGUCUAUAAUGAGGAGGAGGAGGCGGCGCCGACGGCAGCAGCUUAUGAGUUGACCCGGGUAGACAGAGGGACUGUGCUGGCUCACCUGGCUUUUCCAGCACAGCUGCAGGCAGAGGACUGUUGCCGGGUGAACCUGGACAUCACUACGCUCAUCACAUAUGUGUCCUCCUUGAGCCACGGCCAGUGCUGGUUUACUUUCAGGGAGCCUGUGCUGACAGAACAAGCAGCCCAGGAGCGCCUUCUGCCGGUGCUACCCCAGCUUGAUGCUUUUAUGGCAGGAAAGGAGUUGUUUACCUGUCACGCUGCAGUUUCUGAUUUUCAGCUGAUCCUGGACACACUGGGAGGUCCAGGUGAGAAGGAGCGUGCUCAGCAGCUCCUGGCUCGCCUUCACGUGGUGGAUGACCGGCCAUCGGAGCGCACGCUGCGCCUAAUGCCCAGCGCCAAGAUUAACCAGCGGUCACUCAUGAUUUUUGGUACUGGGGACUCGCUGAAAGCAGUCACCAUGACUGCCAAUAGCCGCUUUGUAAGGGCAGCAGCCAAUCAGGGCAUCCGUUACAGUGUGUUUAUCCACCAACCACGAGCCCUGACAGAGGGCAAGGAGUGGAGAGCCACACCCAUAUAAAAGGUGCUACCGGGCGAUGGAGACGGUCAUUACAUAGCUAUGACUCUGUUAACUUGUUACUCUGGUUGAACUAAUUCACAAAAUACAUUCAAUAAAGCCUCAGUAAUUUUC